AUGGAUCCACCGUAUACGGAAUCCCAAGUGCAUUCCGGAGAGAAUACAAAUCAAGAACAUAGUAGACUGGGUUCAGAUGAAAGUAACCACUGCCAGAGUCAGCAGCAGCCACAAAGUCAACAGGAAGAGAAAAGGUCACUGUAUAGUGACAACCAAGGACUACAACAUCAGCCUCUGCAGACUGUUCACUACGCAGAUGGUAGAUAUCAAACACAAUUUCAAUUAAACGCCUUACCACCGCAACAAUACGUUCAACAACAAACGUCACAAACUUUUCCUUAUUAUUCACAACAAUAUUUGCAACCACGCCGUCAGCCAACAACACAACUGGGACUGUAUUCCAUCCAGGCACCUCCUGGACAGCCCCAUUUACUACCAUUGCAAACACCAAACUAUGUGCCCACCACAUAUAAUCAACAACUUUCUGUUCAAAGUCCGUAUAAUGUGGCAGCACAAACACCCUCAUUUGCUCAGUUAAACCAAGGCUUUCAACAGCCAAAAAGCCGACUCCUACUGGAUCCAAGAUCUGAAGAUAGUCAAGGAAACCCUUUGAGCUACAAUCAUGAUAGAGGAUUAGUGUCGUCGAUGCCAUCUUUACAUGUGCAACAACAGACUGGUGCUGCUAAUGAGUCAAGUGAACAAGCCAUGGGAUCAGAAUCUUCUUACAGUGCAAACUCUGCCACGCACCACCUGAACCAUUCACAAUAUUAUUCAAGAGGAUCCGUUGCCUCUUCAACGACUCCUCUUACAACUGGGCCCCUCAAAGAAAAUCAAAAGUCGGUAGUGUCUCAAUGCACCAGAUGCAAAAAAGAAUUUGUUCAAAUAGUUACCGUGCCGAAAGAGAACGAAGCUCAUACAGGUUCCAAACCAGUUGGCCAGUCAAAAGUUUUUAAAUUGUGUCAUCACUGUCGUGAACUUCAGAGACAAAGAUCAAGAAGAUGGCAAAAGAAAACCAAAGACAAAAAGGGUGUUUGUCGCCGUUGUGGAAAUGGGAUUCCCUUCAAUGAACAAAAGUUUGUCUUGUGUCCUAGUUGUCGUCUGAACUUGCGGACAAGAAAAGCUAAUCGAGCUUCUCAAGGAAGAUGUGUCCACUGUUCUAACCCAUUGGAUGAUGAUAUAGGCUCAGAUGAGUUGGUGGAUGAAUCAAAUGGUGAAGAAUAUCUUAAAAGAUCACCUAAAGCCAAUACAUAUCGAGUGUGUCUGAGAUGUCGAGGAAAAGAUAAGAUGCGAAGGUAUAAUUUGGAGCAAAUGGGAUAUUGCAAUCGCUGCACCAAGGCUUUGGACCCCGAUGACCAUGGCAAGCACAAACUUUGCCUCGAAUGCAGACUCAAAAAGAAACAAUAUGGCGGCAGAGGUCAUUCAAAUUCACUACCAGACCAAAACCUAAGUUCGUUCCAAUACGGAAACAACAAUACUCAGAUUAGACCAGGUGAACAAUCGUACAAUAAUGGUUAUGCUUCGCAACAGGGUUCAGUCCAAGCAUAUGGUCAACAUUACACACUUUAUCCACAGUACAGUAGCCGCAACACUAACUUAAAUAUACAACUACCGCAUCCAUCCACCCAGCAGGCUCCAUCUGGUCAAUCUUUAGGACAACUUCAGUUUUACACAACUGCCCCUCAACCAGUAGCAGCCCAACAACCACCAUAUUUCGCUCAACAGCUGCAACCGACAAAUAUGACUUCAUUUCAAAGCGCUAUUCCUUCUUAUCAGCUGCAAUCUCAAGAGGGUAUUGUACAAAGCCAGACUCAAGGUGAGAGCCAGCAGGGGCAAAAUCAGGAUUUCUUUGCCACUGGAGAACACACCCAUUAUUCAGAGAGACGUACUUAG